AUGCAGAGGCUGGAGGAGGCCAGUGCCUGGGCUGCUAGGCGCGCAGCUGGACCGAGCGAGAUGAGGUGGCACGGUCAAACGAGGCAGGACCAGGCGCAGGUCAACGCAGGGGAAGUGCAUUCGUCCUCCUGCUCGAAGCAGAGGAUGCAGGGGGAGACGGCCACGACCCGAAUUGGCGACGGGGACGUCUUCUUCCUCCUCCCGCCGCCGGACGCGUCUGCCCGGUGCCGAACACGGUCGCACCGCCGCCCGUGGCCAACGGGAGCGCGCCACGUCGCCUCCCUGGCUUCCCCGCCGCCGUGGCCCGCCGAGCACGUAGCGGGCCCGCGCAGGCCCAUCCGCCGUCCGCCGCAGCCCGCGGAGCCCGUUCGCGCGGGCCCGCGCGCGCCGCCCCGCUCGCCCGUGCCAGCGCCGCCGCCUCCCGCCCGCCACCACACGCGCUCCGGCCGCCACCGCCAUCUCGCCGGCGCCCCGCUCCACCACCGGAUCUCCACCGCGCCGUCGUGCUCCAUCGCCGUGCCGCGCCGCGCCUCGCCGACCCCGCCGCCUUACCCCGCCAGGGCCUCGCCGCGCCACGCCCGCGCCCCGAACUCCGGCGACCUCGCCUCGCCGCCGCUCCUCGCCGCCCCGUACCAGAUCCGGCGAGAUCCGGCCGGAGGGCCGCCCCCGCGCCCGGAUUCGCCCGUCCCAGGCCUCCCCUUGCCUUCCUCCGCCUCGCCGGAGCACCGCGGCCGCCGCUGGGACGCCCCCGUCCCUGGAUCCCGGGCGACCAACGGGGAAGGGGAGAAUGACGACGAAGGGGUCCUAGUGGUGCUGCUACUUGCAGCCGGCGGCGAGGAGCCUUGGAUCGAUGAGGACAAGGAGCUCGAGCGCGGGCUGGGGAAGAUCAAGCAGGCAGAGGAAGGAGGAGGCUCUCGGCUGGCCGAAUCAAGGGGAUCGGGAGGGAUCCUGAGGGAGAAGGUGGCGGCGCUAGGGUAG